CACCCGGGUGACUGAACUCCGAGGAGUCGCUAUCUCCUGGCCUCUCCAUAGCUUCCAUUCUCUCUUGAACAUGUCGAAGAACGUUCUCGCCCGCAUCAAGCCCUUUCACAACCCAACCGGCUCAUCUUUCCUCAAACCCCACCUCAAGAGAUUCGUCAACGAAACCAUCUGUAUUCUCAACGACCCAUCUCCCCAGUGGCAAGAUUCCCUUGCGAACCACUUCUCCCAUGCCGAAUUCCUCGUUUCCGACGUUGCCCACCACGUGUUUGAUAGAGUGUACGACGCCGAAUUAGCCUUGAGGUUCUUCCACUGGGCGUCUGGCCGGCGUCGGCAACACGGGUCUCUCGGCGAGAGCGGUUACUCCUCGCUGUUGAAGCUCCUCGCCAAAUGCGGGAUGUUCCCGGAGAUGGAACUGGUGCAGAGUGGCAUGACGAGUGAGGAAAUUAAGCCGACUCGCGAGGCCAUGAAUGUUCUGAUCCGUUCGUAUGCGGAUUGCGGGAUGAUUCAUCAGGCACUUCGGAGUUAUAAUGCCAUGCGGAAAGUCUGUGGUUGCUCGCCAGAUGUUUUCGCUUGUAAUCGUUUGCUUAAUGCGCUCGUGAAUCAUGGGGAAACAAGGGAUGCCCGCAGGGUUUACUGUGAAAUGCUUGAUAGAGAGAAUGCUGAGGGUGUUGACGCCGUGGAUAAUUUUAGUGUUUGCAUCAUGGUCAGGGGUUUGUGUAGUGAAGGCAAAGUUGAGGAAGGUGAGAAAAUGAUCCAGGAUAGGUGGGGACAUGGUUGUAUACCGAAUGUUGUCUUCUACAAUACACUUAUUGAUGGAUAUGUUAAGAUUGGGAAUGUCGACAAGGCCCACACACUUUUCAAGGAGUUAAUUUGGAAAGGUUUUUUGCCCACACUGCAAACUUUUGGGUCCAUGAUCAGAGGUUUUUGCAAUGCAGGGAAUUUUGAUUUGGUUGAUAAGCUCAUCACUGAAAUGGAGGAGAGGGGUCUUGAUGUCAAUCUGUAUAUAUACAACACGAUUAUCAAUGGUCUCUACAAGCAUGGUCGUGCAGCGGAAGCUGUGAAAAUGGUUGAAAAUAUGGUUCUAAGUGGUUGCGAACCAGACACUGUGACAUAUAAUAGCCUGAUUGCUUCUUUGUGUAAGGAUCGGAGGCUGAGGGAAGCUGAAGGUUUUCUUGGAAAGGCACUUAGAAAAGGAUUCACAUCAAACGAGUUAACGUUUACUCCACUGAUACUAGCAUAUUGCAGACAAGGGGAUUAUGAGAAAGCCUGCAAUUUGCUUAUUGAUAUUGCAGAAAGAGGAGAGAAGCCUGACAUGGUUACUUAUGGAGCUCUCAUCCAUGGAAGCGUUCUCCUUGGGGACAUUGAUAUAGCCUUGACAGUUUACAGAAAAAUGAUGGAAAGGGGAGUUGUCCCUGAUGCAGGGAUAUACAAUGUCUUGCUGAGUGGACUUUGCAAGAAAAGCAGGCUUGAAGCUGCCAAGUUGCUACUCAUGGAGAUGCUUGACCACAACAUAGACCCUGACGAAUAUGUUUUUGUUACUAUAGUUGAUGGGUAUGCAAGACAUGAAAAAAUCGCAGAAGCUAAGGAUAUUUUCGAAUUUGCAAUUAAGAAGGGUCUGCAUCUCGGUGUUGUUGGGUACAACGCGAUGAUUAGGGGUUACUGCAGGCUCGGAAUGAUGAAGGACGCAAUGUCUUAUUUCCACAGAAUGUUAAAGGAGCAGCUCAUUCCAGAUGAGAUUACUUACACCACACUUAUUGAUGGGUACGGAAAGCAGCAGGACCUGGACAAAGCAAUGAGGAUGUUCAGGCAGAUGAUUAUAAGAAAAUGCAAGCCAAACGUGGUCACCUAUACCUCUCUUAUAGAUGGGUUUUGCCGCAGUAAAAAUCUUGAUAAAGCUGAAGAUUUAUUUUUUGAAAUGAAAUCUUCUGGCUUAGAGCCCAAUGUGGUGACAUACAGUAUACUAAUAGGCAGUUAUUUUAAGGAGGGAAGGCCUGAAAAAGCAGCCUCCUUUUUUGAACUGAUGCUGGAGAAUAAUUGCAGUCCCAAUGAUGUUACGCUUCAUUAUCUUGUCAAUGGGCUCGUCAACAACAUACCUUGCUUAACAUCUGAGACAGCUACUAUAUACCAAGGGGAGAAAUGUACUUUCCUAAAACUUUUUAGAGAUAUGAUAUUGGAUGAAUGGUCAGCACAAGCUGCUGCUUACAGUGUUAUACUUAUUUGCCUUUGCCAGCACAAAAUGGUUAAAGAUGCUCUCAUGUUGUAUGAUAAGGUGACAAAGAAGGGAUUACUUCCAGAUCCUGUCUUAUUGGCUGCUCUGCUUCACGGAGUUUGCUUAGAAGGCCAAUCACAGGCCCUGAAGGGUCUAAAUCCAUGUAAAUUGAGCAAAGAGGAUCUUAAGGUAGCUUCAAAAUACUCGUCGAUGUUGGACAAAUACUUGUACGAGGAAAGGAGUUCAGAGGCUUCUUAUAUUUUGCAAAUUCUGGUGGUGAAUCAUGAGCCACGUGACCUAGAGGUGCAUGAGGUGGGAGUAACAUAAGAGGGCCUUAUUCUUCAGUGUGUUUCGAGGACA